AUGAUUGUACUGAUCAACUUGUAGUUAAUAAAAGCUUUAGUAAAUUUAUACGCUCAGUUUGUAUUAACUGGUCAAGAAAUCAGAUACACUUGUAUAUUGAUAAGAAAAAUUUCAUAAUCGUUUUCAAUUAUGUCGAAAAAUUUUUUUAAAAAAAUUAUACUCAUUAUAGUUUUUUUGUUUUUAAUCAGUUUAUCUUGUGCUAAGGAAGUCAGCAUUGAAGAGACUGAUGUAUCGAAUGAUAAUGAACACUAUAAAAUGACUGAUAAAUUUAAUGAUAUUAUUGGUAAAUUAACUAAUAAAAAUUUAGAACGUCUUAUGAAUUAUGGUGGUGUAUUAAAAACUCGACUAUACGAUAUAAAUGGAAUGUUAAUUUAUCAAGAUGAUGAACACUUGAGUAAAUUUCGAAUUACAGAAGUAACACCAAAAAAUUAUAAAGACAAAGAAUUGAGAAGAGAUUCGGAUACUUUUAAUGUUAUCAUGAAAGAUUUGUCACCAUUUGAGCUGGAAUCAAGUGAAGAACAAAUAUCAAAUGAAGUUAAACGAAGAUUUAUUUCAAAAAAACCUGAAAUAAAAAUGAAUAAUGCCAUGAAAAAUAAUAAUUGUAAUAAUAUGAAUUGUAAUAGUGAUGAUAAAUCCAGUUGUUGUCCAAAUAACAGUGAUAAUUUACAAAAACAAAUAGAUGAUAGAUCAAGCAAAAAUAUAGACUCAGAAACUGAAGAAAUUUCGGAUGAUUCUAGCCUUCAACAGGAAGAAAUAAACAAGCCAACUAAAUGUCAAAAAUGUAGCUGUAUUGAUAAUUGUUAUAAUGGUUGUAAUGAUAAGGUAAAAAAAAAUAAUUGUCAAGGAAAUAAAUGCAAAGUCUUGAAUACAGAUGCUAGAAAAAAUAUAAAUGAUAAUGAUAUUUCUAAAGAAAAAAAAAUUGAUGAAGAUAAAACAAGUGAACUUGAUGAAUCUACACAAAAAGAUUUGAUAAAAAAAUCUAUAAAAUAUUAUAAAAUCAAGGGUGUAAAUGCUUCAAUAGGAUAUGAUGAUGAUGAUAAUGAUACAAAAGUUCAAAGUUCAUCAACACUGUUGAAUGAUAAAAAUAUUGGUAAAAGACGUUAUACUAUGUCAUUAAAUUCAUUACUAACAUUACUUGAUGCUGAUAAAAAAAAUAUAAGAAAAAAUAUUCAAAAUAAUGAAUUUAGCAUUGAAAAAAAAACAAAAGUUAAGUUAAAUUCUAGUGAAUUAAGUGGGCGUGGUAACAGUUAUGAAGACAUUGACCUUACUCGUAAAAAUAAAAAAUUUAAAGAACCCCAGGUAUCAUCUAGACAUAUUACAAAGGAUCAAAAAAUAAAUGAAAAUGUGGCUGGUGUUAUUUUACCACCACAAUUUAACAUUACGGAAAAUGGUCAGGAUCAAAACAUCAAAAUUCAUGAUAAAGAAAAUUCUUCUUUCAAUGAAGAUAAAAUUGAAUUUUCCAGAAGAAGUGAUACAAAAUUAUAUACAAUAUCAUCAAAUAAUAAUCAUUCAGUUGAUUUAAAAAUAUUAAAUGACAGUCAUUAUGAAGAUUAUAAAAAUAAUUUUGAUAAUGAUGAUUUAAAAAUUGAUAAACCAGCUAAUAGAAUGUUUGGUUUUGAUACACCAAUAAUUGGUAUUAAAACUGAUUUAUCUCCAAAUAAAAUUCAAUCAGGUAAAAUAUUAUCAUUAAAAAAUAAUUUAAUUGGAAAAACUUCAACAGAAUCAUCAAAUAAUAAAGAAACAGCAACAGAAAGUUUAGAUAAAAAAUUAUUAAAUAUAAAUAAAAAUUCAGAUAUUGAUAAUACAAAUAUUGAAGAACAUGAAAAUGAAGAUACUCCAAAAAAUAGAUUAUUUGGAUUAUCAACUUUUUUUGAUGAACCAUCACAAAGAGUUACCUAUAAAAAAAGAAGAACAUCAAAUGAUAUGAAAACUUCAGCAUUACCAUUAAAAUUAAAUAGCAAAGAAAUAACAACAGAAGCUUUGAAUACAAAAAUUUCUAAAAUAACAAAAAAUAAAUCUAAUGAUUUAUCAAGUUCUGAAACAUUGAAGCUUGAAAGAACACCAACAACAACUGUAUCUUCAAUUACAGAGCCUAUGAAUGCAACAAAAAAUCCAGCUAAUAAAACUCUUAAUUCAUCUACAAAUAAUAAUGUUACAACAGAAUUAAAUAAUGCUGAAACAACAACAACAACAACAAUUAUUAAUUCUUUAAAUUCCACAACGAAAAUAGAUAAUUCUACAGCUGUAGUAACUAAAAAAUAAAAGUUGAGAAAAAUUAAACUAAUAAAAUAUUAUAAAACAAGUAAUACAUGUCACACAAAUUUAUUUGUCAUAAAUAAUUUUAAAAAA